AUGGUGAUCGGACUGCACAACAUACCGGCGGAUGUGGUCCAUGGCUCUGGAAAAGUCAAUAAUGUCGACAAGCGACUGUGUGCGAGAGUGGUUAUGGCAAAGAGAAGGAGUGGAUGGACCACCGGAGCGCAAGCCAAGUCGGAUCGACUUUCAAUGAUAGAUGUCAAGACGAUCCCGAGUCGUUAG